GCUUUAGUUGUUGAAGGUUGCCGGGAAAGCAGUUUUAUCGCUUGUUUAAUUCGAGAGCGGUUCUGCGUGAAACUCUUUUUCUUCACUAUUUCUAUUUCUCUCUUAUCAAAAGCGGUUUCACGGACGAUUGCGACACGGGAUUUCACACUUUGCAAGCAAGUUUGCAGCGUGGUGGCUUACAAAUCGAAGCGAUAGAACACGUGAACGGCUUAUUUGUGUCAAAUAAUAUACGCUAGAUAGAGAAUUUUCGCGUAGUUUACACGGCGCUUGAUUUCCCUUGCGCUUUAGUCGUUGAAGGUAUUAUUUAACUUCUUGUAUUGGUAUGUUAUAGAUGGCUGGUUCUAGCGGUAAGAGCAAAGUAUGGGAAUACUUUGUAUGCCACAGUGAUGGUGUACUUUGUAAAAUAUUCUCAUCAUUGUUAAGUCAAGGUUCCGCCGAUUCCAAAAAGAAAAACACCAGUAAUUUGUGGAGUCAUCUCAGAUCGAAACACAAGAGCAAGUAUGAUGAGAUUUCGCAGACGCAGUUAACGCGAAAAAGGCCAGCUGAAGCUUCCCAGUUUAAUCGGCAACCUUCAUGGGAACACAUAAUGGAUAAAUUUAAUAAAUGGCAUGGAAAUGACGCAAGAACGAAAUCACUUGAUAAAAUAAUAAUGGAGAUGAUAGCCACUGACAACAGGCCAUUUGCAAUAGUGCAAGAUGAUGGAUUCCGCAGGCUAAUAGAAACCAUUGAACCUCGCUACGCCCUAAAGACUGAGAAGUAUUUCAGAACAGAAAUGCUGCCACAAAUAUAUGUGAAGAAACAUCGGUAUCGUUAUCGGCAUAUCGGCCUAGUUUUGGAAAACUAGCAGUAUCGGUAUCGG